ACAGAAAUCAGAGGACGUUCAAAUUUCGCUAAAAUGGUAAAAAGUUUGGAUCUGGGUCAGCUCGGUCAGUGUGCAAAGCGAAACAACUUUAAGGCGGGGAGAACAAAAAUCGUUUCGUUUUCAAAUCUGUGUUAAUAUUUAUUUAAUUAAAAGAUUUUUAAUAGUAUAGAUAAUGAAUUCACUACAAAAUAUUUCGAAGUUAGGCUCAAACUCAACUCAAUCUCUCUCGUUCGAUGACGUCGCUAACUAUUUCUCUCUGCCUCUCUCUGACGCCGCUCUUCGUCUCGGUGUUUGCGUGAGUGUUCUCAAGAAAAUUUGCCGCGAGAACGGCCUUGAUCGGUGGCCCUACCGCAAGUUUUUAUGUGGCAAGAGCAUUGAAGAAAUUAAGAAGUAUGCUGCUAGAGAAAAAUACAAACAAAUUGCUGAGGUUUCAAAGCUUGCUAGGCAAAGUGCUGUGCAACACCAAAACAAUAAUAUGUCUAAAUUGCAUGGUGUCUCAUCACCUACCAAUUUGCAGCAACAAGGAAGCCAGAACACUGUAGUUGGACAGCUGCAGGUUUUGCUUAAUCCAAGCCUGACCAAAGGAAGCAUGGCUCUAGAUGAAUUUAAAUUUGGAUUUCCAUCAGAUGGCUUAUCUACUGCUACAUAUAAAUGGUGGAGCAGCAGCAGUUCUGAAGGUAACAGGAGCACUCAUGUAGAGGAAGCUGAAACUGAUGAAGUAGACAAAAAUCAAUUUGAAGAGAAAGCAGAUGGCAGUGCCAUUUCAAUAGUGAGCAAUGAGAUAUCUGGAAGUUUGAAAAAGGUGACUAACAUUGAUCCUCAAGGUUUAGGUCUGCUGACAGCUAUUAGGAAGAGAACUGUAGAGGAAGGAGAAGAAGCACUUCGACUCGGUGUUCAUAAGCACUGCAAAAGGAAGCUAGGCAGAAAAAAGAGACUGCUGCUGCUUCAAAUAUUUGGAUCUUCAUUGCCUAAAGAGUGGGUAGUUGAGUCAUCCUAAAUUUUGCUGGGAUUCCUCUGCAUGUGAAAGACCCAUUGCAGGUGAGGCCAUGUGGAUAAUAGUAGAGUGAUUCAGUUCUCAUUUCCGCUGUGCAAUAUCUGUUAUGUUGUCAUAUUUAAAAAUCAAUUGCAUAUUGGAUGGAAUGUUUAAGAGCACAUCUUUAUGGUAGUUAGCAUGUGUUCAUGGGAUGCUGAAUCUGUGAGAGACAGAUUCUACACCCUAUUUUUUAGCCGAUAAUUUGAACUUUUACUCUCUUAUCCUUA